AUGAAUAGUCUGAAUAGUGUUCAUAUAGACAAUAUCAACACUACAGGAUAGCAAGACACUUCUAUGUGUAAAAACCCUCAAGUAAAUCAAGAUUGUGAUUCUUCUUCCAUUAUUUUGCUCAAAAAAAUUGAAGCUCCAAGUCCUGAUAUCCCAGGAUUUAGUCAAUCAGUUUUUAAACCCUUUCAAAAAUUAAUCAUUUACUAUCACAUUGGAUUUUUUGUUAAAAAACUUCUAAAAUUUAUCAAACCUGAUUAAUCAUUCAAACCAAAACACUAUACGUUAAUUGAUGAUAAAAGUGCAGGAAAUAUCAAAGAUUUUAUAAAUUAUGCAGGUAAAUCAAAAGCCUAAGUAAUGCAAUAUCCAAGUCUAGAGGAAGUUAACUUCUUUGUGAGAAUGAGGUACAGAUAUAGACAAUGUUUAACAAAUUUUAAACAGAAAAUCUUUUACUUGUUUGAAUAAAUUCCAUUGAUAGACCCUUCAUUUAAAAUAAAAAUAAUAUGGGAUCUUCUAUUGAAUUGUUUUAGGAUAUAUUUGAUUUAUAUCAUACCAAUAAUAAUCACAUUUGAACAAUUAAUUGAAAAUUAUGAUUUAAUAAUAAUAAUAUCUCAAACAGUCUUUGCAAUUGAUUUAUUAUUACGAAACAUUACAAUAUAUUAUGAUUAAGGUUUACCUGUAAUUGAUAGAUAUUAAAUAGUAAAAAAUCAAUAUCAUAUAACUAAUUUAAUUGAAUUGCUUGAAAUAUUUUCAUUAUUUGGAAUGGCUUACUUUAAAUUUGAUUUUAAUAGUCAAUUUAUUCUAUUUGAAGGAUGGCCUAAAUUUUGGAUGUUAUUAUACUUCAUAUAAUUGAAAAAUCUAUUAAAUUUCAUUGGAUCAUGGUAAUAAUAAUUUAUAAUGGGAUAAUUGGCAUCAUCUUUAAUAGAAUUAUCUAAAUUAAUUGGUUUAUUAUUAAUAAUCUAACAUAUAUUUAGUUGUAUUUGGUUAAUGAUUGGAAGAUAUAAUUAAAUAUCUGGGAUUACAAAUUGGAUAUCUGCAUUUAAUUUAGAUAAUGUACCUUGGAGUGAAUUAUAUAUUGAAUCAAUGUAUUUCACAAGUGUAACAAUGUAUACUGUAGGUUAUGGAGAUAUACAUCCAAUAAGUAAUAUUUAUUAUUAUAAUUAAAGAUAUAUCUGAAAAGGUUUUUGCAUUUCUAUUUGUAUUUGUUUGCACUUUUUAAUUAUCAUUUAGUUUAAAUACAAUUGGAGAGAUAUUAACAAGAAUGAAAAAUAAUAAUGACAUUAUUAAUAAGAAAUUGAUAUUCAUUAAUCAAUAUAUGCAUACAAAAAAAAUAAGUCAUUAAUUAUAAUUUUAAGUUAGAGAAUAUCUUAAUUAUUAUUGGUAUUAAGAAUAAACUUAAUAGACUAAAGAAUAAACUGAUAUAUUAAGUUAAUUAUCUGAUGAUUUAAGAAUGUAAAUAGCAGUUGAAUCUAAUAGUAUAGUACUUAAAAAUUGUGAAUUCUUUAAUAAAAACUUUUCGAAUGAGUUUUUGAAUGAUUUAUUGAAAAACCUCUAAUUUUAAUCAUUUUAACCAUCCUCAACAAUAAAUAUAUUUAAUGAAGUUGACUAUUUUAUUUAUAUUAUUGAAUCUGGAUAAGUUGAUGUAUAUGCUAAAAACUAAGAUAAAAAGGUUUUAAUUGGAAAUUUUAAGGCAGGUGAUCAUUUUGGAUUAAAUGAAUUCUUAACUAAUUAGAAAACUUUUUAAUAUGAAUACAAAAGUUCAGGAUUUGUAAGUACAUUAGUAAUUCCAAAAUCUAAAUUUUAUCAAUUAAUAUAAAAAUAUUAGGUUGAUUUUGAAACAUAUUGGAAUUUAAAAAUUAAUAAUUAUACAGAUAUAAAAUGUGCAAUAUGUGAUUCUCGAAGACAUCCACCAGACUAAUGCAAAUAAGUUCAUUUUAUACCUGAUAAAGAGAAGGUCAUUAAAUAAUAUAAUUAUUAUUAAAGUCAAGAUAGAGUGAUGUUUUCAAGAAAUUCUAGAAGAAUAAGAUAAUUAUAUCAUGCUUAAACAGAUUAAGAAAUUUUAAGAGAAGCAGCUUAAAUGGUAAAGGUUAAAAAUGAUAGUUAAUUCUUUUAAAAGUAUUAAUAUAUUUAAGAUGAUACAACAAGAUUUGAAAGUUAAGGUUAUUUAUUAUUCCUAUAAUAGAAAUACUUAAUAAAAAAGAUAUUGAAUCAGUUGGUGUACUAAUAAAGGAUCUUGAAAGUAAAUCUUAUUUCGAUUUCUGUCAAAAAUCUCAACUAAAGUCAGAAAAAGAAAUUGGUGAUGGAAAAUUGAAUUUGUCAUCAGAAUUCUUAACAUUAAAAGCUCUUAAAGAUAAAUUAAAUCAUAAAGAUCUUUAUACAGAGAGAGAAUUAUAAUAAAUAGAAUAUUAAAUUUAAUUGUUGGAAUUAAAAUUAAAUCUAGAGGAUAAAAUAGAAUUAGAUAAAAAACAUGAAUAUUAAACUUUUAAUCAAAAAUCCAAUAUUAAUAUUGUUUUAAAGAAACUAAUAAAUCCUGUUCGGUAUAUUAUGGCUUCAACUUCAAAGAGUUUGGAUUAAUAUACAUUAAUAAGUGGAAAUAAUUGGGUGAAAUAUUUAUUUUAUCCUUAUGAUUUUAUUAAUUAGUAUAGAUUCAAUAUAACUCGAUUGGGAAUGCCUAGAAAAUCAUUAGUAGUUCGAUAACAAGAGCAUCGAUUAUCUAAUGCAUUAUUACGAAAAAAAUAACAAAAUCGUUCCAUUAAAAGAUAAAUUUAGGUAUUUCCUAUAAAAUGA